UUUACUCUUUUGAAACAUUAUAAUCCUAACAGCCAAUUUCUCCGGCGGAGCAGUUGGAAACAACAAUACAACAUAAACGCCGGUGGAGACUGGAUGUUUCUUGCUCUCUCUCGUUAAUGCUGUAAAAGGAUUAGAGAAUAUCAGAGCUUUAGCUAUGGAUCGAAUAGAGGCCGCAAAGGAGUUACCUUUCAGGGUCGGGUUCACGGGCCAUAGCGGUCACCUUACAAUCGAGCCUCUCCCGCCGGUCGAACGCCCCAAGCCUCUCGAUUCGCUGCCUUUCGUUCUUCCUCCUGCAUUCCCGGAUGAAACUCCUGAAACAAUACAACAAUAUAUAAAGGAUAAAUAUCUCUUACCUCAGUUGGAUGCUGAUGAAUUCACCCCUGAAAAAAUGGGAAGGCAGUGGGAAUUUGAUUGGUUUGACAGAGCUAAAAUCCUUCCAGAGCCUUCUCUGCCUCGAACUAUUAUUGUUCCAAAAUGGGAACCACCUUUCAGGCGUCCAAAAAACCCACCAGGUGGACGAUGGGAGCCAGAGUCUGUGGAGAUAGAUGUAUCGGAACUUACAGCAGGAGCUGAGGAUUUGGGUGCUUUGCCACAAAUUACUGGACCUCCAAAAGAUUUUGUUAGAGGAAGUGUCAAUAACCGACCUUUUCGUCCAGGGGGGUUGGAUGGUUCUUCUUCUCUGGGAAGGGCUCUUCCUGAUGGUGCUUCCAGUGGCAAAUGGGUGCACGAGGUUCUUGAUGGUGGUUAUGCCCAAACCAUUCCUCCAGGCUUCAAAAAGGGACUAGAUCUUGGUGAUCUUGAGAUGCAUUCAUCUUCAUGGAAUGUUUACGAGGAUCAGAGUGCAGUCAAUAGCACAUCCAACAAGAAGGUGAAUGAUUUUUCCGUGCAGUUUGAUGAAUUAUUUAAGAAAGCUUGGGAAGAAGACAUGACAGAAUAUGUUGAAGAUGGUCAUUCUUCUGAGUUGCAAGCUGAAGUGAAAGAAGAAUUUUCUGUCAAAUUAGAAUCACUUGAAAUAGAUACUGAAGUAAACAAGCCAGAAGUUGCUGGUGAAGUUACAGUGACUGAAAAAUCAGUUUUGGAUGAGAUUUUGGCUGCUGCAUCUGGAGUUUCAGCUUUAAGAUUGGAUGGAGAAAGAGAUGGUAGUGGACAUGAACAAACAGAGGCAUGGGCUGUUACCGGAGACAACAAGGAGGUUGUGGAACGAUUUAAUGAUCUUAUUCCUGAUAUGGCACUAACCUUCCCAUUCCAACUUGAUCCCUUUCAAAAGGAGGCCAUCUACUAUCUUGAAAGGGGAGAGUCUGUUUUUGUUGCUGCUCAUACAUCAGCAGGAAAGACAGUAGUAGCAGAAUAUGCAUUUGCUUUGGCAUCCAAACACUGCACCAGAGCUGUUUACACUGCUCCAAUAAAAACUAUCAGCAAUCAGAAGUACAGGGACUUCUGCGGGAAAUUUGACGUUGGCCUUCUUACUGGAGAUGUCAGCUUGCGGCCUGAGGCCUCAUGUCUCAUCAUGACUACUGAGAUAUUGAGGUCUAUGCUCUAUAGAGGUGCUGAUAUCAUUCGUGAUAUAGAAUGGGUUAUAUUUGAUGAAGUGCAUUAUGUCAAUGAUGUUGAAAGAGGUGUUGUUUGGGAAGAAGUUAUUAUCAUGCUACCAAGGCACAUCAAUUUUGUACUUCUGUCUGCAACAGUACCAAACACAAUUGAAUUUGCUGACUGGAUUGGCAGGACAAAACAAAAGAAAAUUCGUGUGACAGGGACAACCAAAAGGCCAGUCCCUUUGGAACAUUGCCUCUUCUACUCUGGAGAGCUGUACAAGGUGUGUGAGAAUGAACAAUUUGUGCCUCAGGGAUUUAAAGCAGCCAAAGAUGUAUUUAAGAAGAAAAACACAAGUUCUGCCAUUGGUGGCACUGGAGCUUUCCAUGGAUCGUCUUCAGCUGCUAAUGAUAGAUCUCGGGGUCAGAGACGUGAUAACUUUUCUCAUGGAAAACACCCCAAAGGACCCCAAACUUCAGGGAAUGUUGGUAGUAGCUGGGGAAACAAGAAUAGUGUUGGCCAGAAUGUUAUGGGGCUAAGGAGGUCAGAAGCAUCCUUGUGGUUGUCACUCAUUAAUAAACUGUCAAAGAAAUCUCUCUUACCGGUGGUUAUUUUUUGCUUUUCAAAGACAAGAUGUGAUAAGUCUGCCGAUAACCUCCCUGGGACUGAUCUCACAACUAGCUCCGAGAAAAGUGAGAUUCGCAUCUUCUGUGACAAAGCUUUUUCACGGCUUAAGGGAUCUGAUAGAAACUUACCACAGAUUGUCAGAAUUCAAAGUCUUUUGCGGAGGGGAAUUGGAGUGCAUCAUGCAGGGCUACUACCGAUUGUAAAGGAAGUUGUUGAAAUGCUUUUUUGCCGUGGUGUAGUGAAGGUUCUUUUUUCAACAGAGACAUUUGCAAUGGGAGUUAAUGCCCCGGCUAGGACAGUUGCGUUUGAUCACUUAAGGAAGUUUGAUGGCAAGGAAUUCAGACAAUUACUUCCUGGAGAGUAUACUCAGAUGGCUGGCCGUGCUGGAAGGAGAGGACUGGAUAAAAUCGGUACAGUAAUUGUGUUGUGUCGUGAUGAAAUCGCUGAAGAGAGGGAUUUGAAGAAUGUUAUGGUUGGUAGUGCAACUAAGCUUGAAUCUCAGUUUAGAUUGACCUACAUCAUGAUCCUCCAUCUGCUUCGUGUUGAAGAGCUUAAGGUGGAGGACAUGUUAAAAAGAAGUUUUGCUGAAUUUCAUGCUCAGAAGAAAUUGCCAGAGAGGCAACAACUUUUGAUGCGAAAACGUGCUCAGCCUAAGAAAUCUGUUGAGUGCAUAAAGGGUGAACCAGCAAUUGAGGAAUACUUUGAGAUGUACUCAGAGGCUGAAAUGUAUAGUAAACAGAUAUCAGAGUCAGUCAUGCAGUCCCCGGUUGCUCAACAGUAUCUUAUUGCUGGAAGAGUGGUGGUUGUAAGAUCACAACAGGGACAAGACCACUUACUAGGUGUUGUGGUGAAAACACCUGCUUCUAACAACAAGCAAUACAUAGUUUUAGUACUGACUCCUGAUUUACCCUCAACGUUGCAAAGUCAAUCGGGUACGGGUAAACCGAAUGAUAAAAAAGCUCCUGACUUCCAGAUAUUGAUACCUAAAUCAAAGCGUGGGUUAGAUGAUGAGUAUUGUCCAUCAGUCACGUCUCGCAAAGGAUCAGGCAUUAUCAACAUUAAGUUACCUCACCAUGGUAAUGCUGCUGGAGUAAAUUAUGAGGUUAGAGGUGUUGAGAAUAAGGAGUUCCUCUGCAUAUGCAACGUCAAAAUAAAAAUUGAUCAAGUCCGGCUUCUUGAAGAUGUUAGCGCUGGAGCAUACUCAUAUACUGUCCAACAGCUGCUGGGUCUAAAAUCUGAAGGAAAUAAGUACCCUCCCGCCCUAGAUCCAGUUAAAGAGCUGAAGUUGAAAGACGUGGAUCUCGUUGAAGCUUAUUACAAAUGGAGUAAUCUUUUGCAAAAGAUGGCACAAAAUAAGUGCCAUGGAUGUGUUAAGUUGGAUGAGAACAUUAAAUUAGCUGGAGAAAUGAAGAGGCACAAGGAGGAAUUGGAAAGAUUGGAGUUUCAAAUGUCAGACGAGGCACUUCAGCAGAUGCCUGACUUUCUGGGCCGGAUAGAUGUAUUGAAGGAAAUUGGCUGUAUAGAUGCUGAUCUUGUAGUUCAAAUAAAAGGUCGUGUCGCUUGUGAGAUGAACUCCGGGGAGGAGCUGAUAUGCACUGAAUGCCUGUUCGAGAAUCAAAUGGAUGAUUUGGAACCAGAGGAAGCAGUAGCAAUCAUGUCGGCCUUUGUGUUUCAGCAGAAAGAGAGUAAAGCACCCUCCCUCACGCCAAAGCUCGCUCAGGCUAGAAAGAGGUUGUACGACACUGCAAUAAGACUAGGGGAGCUCCAAGCGCAGUUUAAACUACAGAUUGAGCCCAGGGAGUAUGCUGAAGAAAAUCUUAAGUUUGGCCUCGUUGAAGUGGUAUACGAAUGGGCAAAGGGUACUCCAUUUGCAGAUAUAUGCGAGCUCACAGACGUCCCAGAAGGCGUGAUAGUGAGGACCAUCGUCAGACUGGACGAGACAUGCCGAGAGUUCAAAAACGCUGCUGCAAUCAUGGGCAACUCCGCGCUGUACAAGAAAAUGGAAACAGCUUCCAACGUUAUAAAACGCGAUAUUGUCUUCGCGGCCAGCUUGUACAUUACCGGCAUUUAAUAACGUAACUAGGAGGCCAUGGCUGGCAUGCACUUCCUCCAAAAUCUUGUUGUACACUAGUCACAGGCAUGUUUAAGGAGUCAGGACAAUAUACAGGUUGAGAACUUGUACUUUGCCCAAUCUCUCCAUACCUUUGACCUUGCUUGUAACAUAGUUUUGCAGCGGGUUUGAUAUCAUUAGCUUAAACUAGAUAGGAGAUCACGAAAUUUCUUUCAAAUGUACAUUAUUGUAACAUUAGAUUUUGUUUAUUGGAGUUGAAUGAUUCCACUUUGUUCUGCAAAA